AUGGCGGAAGUAAUGGAUUCAAAGUUUGAACAACGCAGAGAUAGAAUCAGCAACCUACCAGAUGCGCUUCUUUGUCAUAUCCUUUCAUUUCUUCCCACUAAAUUUGCUUUGGGAACUAGUAUCCUGUCAAAAAGAUGGAGGUACCUUUGGAAAUCUGUCCCGAUUCUCGACUUUGAUGAUGAUUUACUGCUGAAUCGAAAUGCGGCCAUGCCUGAUGAACUUGAAGAAAGAACAAUUAUGUUUUUGAAUUUUGUGGACAUCGUCUGGACUCUGUUUAUUCGUGGAUCUGCACUGUGCUUGGCCGUCGAGUUCAAGAGCUUGAUCUCAACUUCCUUAUGCUACACGGGGGAUAUUGAAUUGCCUCCCAUGUUUUUCAUUUCCAAAACAUUAGUGGUUGUGAAACUCUGGCAUGUGAUCUUUCUUGAUAUCCCUUCUACAGUUUGCUUCCAAGUCUCAAGAUUCUCCAUCUUAGAUGCAUUUUCGAGCUUAGAUGAAGAAGAAGAACAGGAGUACGAAGUUGUUGUCGAUGCCCCAAAUCUUGAAUACUUUACUAUCACAGAUUAUGUAUCAAAGAAGCAUUUGGUGAACAAUAUAUCUUCCUUGAUUAAAGCAUUUAUUGAUAUUGGGCCAGAUAAUGAAGAAUUUGAAGAAAGUUCAAAUAAUGGUCAUAUGUCUUACCGUGGUCGUAUAUCCGAGCUUCUUAGAAGGAUUUCAAAUGUUUAG